GUGACCAACCCGCCUGCGCCUGCGUCCACUGCCAGGAAAUGGCAUUGGCUGGGCUUUGUUGUCUUGGUUUUGCUUUUAAAUAACAACAAAACAAAACACAAACCCAAGAAAUAAGGGUAGAUGUACCCUACAGCCUUUCCCUUCCGUGCACGACGGCCGAUGUCUCAUUUUGCUGCUCUCUGAGGGAUGGAAACGCCGCUGGGUUCAGCGAUGGCAGUGAGCGACGCGGUGCUGAGCUGGGGGUCCCUUCUCUUCCAUGCUGGGUGCUGAGACGGCCGCUGCGCUUCUGUGUGCUAAAAAAAGGUGUGAAAGGGCCCCGUGAGGGCUCUGCCUCAUCCUGACCAGAGCAGGCAAAGAAAAAAGUGCAAAGAGCACAAAGAGAAAAGACGUUAACCAACAGAACUGCGUCCAGACAGCGAGAAGCCCUUCUCCUUUAUGUAUCUUCAUUACCAGAAUUGCUUUUUCCCCCUUUUCUGGGAUAGUUUCAUUGCUGCAUCAUCUGCUUCAUUUCCAAUUCUCCUCCUUAACUGCCCCAUGGAAACAUCUUCCGGGGGACAGAUUCAUUGCUCCCCAGACUUUCGACACCUCUUCCUUUGCAUAUUGCUGGUUGUGCCCAUCCCUUUGCAAACCCAUUCCUUGCCAACGGAGGAGAGGAUGGAGAUGUGUGUGGUUCUGCAUGGGGUCUGCGGGAAUAAGGGCUGCAAAAGACAUCUCAGCAGCUGCUUUGCAGGCAGGCAGGAUGCACUGAUUCUUAGGGAGGGAGAGGUUAUCCGUGCGGGGAUGCAGAGUUUGGGCUGACCUGGAAGAUCAGCCCUGUGCAAAAUGUGGGUGAGCAGCAGAAAAAAAAAAAAACAUUCCAAAGGAGUGAUUUCCCAGCAGGGAAAGGAGGGGAAGCUGCUUCCUGGUGCUGGCAGCAAAACUGCUGUGUCCUGCAUGGGAACUCUGCUGGUGGGCAUCUCCCCUCACCCCUUCCCCAUCUGCCCUGCAGCAUCCACGUGGAAAUCCCCCCUGAAAAAGCCCAUUUUGUGACCAUGCAUCACAUUUAUUUUCGCAUUCAGCAUCAGACGGACACAGGCAAUGGGUUGGGGUGGGGGUCUGGGGGUAUAUCUUUUUGCUGAGCCAGGCUUUGAGUCAUGGGGGAUAAUUUCAUUCCAAGGGGAGGGGGGCAUUUAACUGCAGGUGGUAACAAUGAAAGGCAGUGGCAGUUGUUCUGAUUGCAUGGGGGAAAGCACUGGUUUUUUCCAUAAAUUGGGACUGAUGUGGCUGUUGUUGCUUAUUUUUAUGGGGGAGGGUUGUGGGGUUUUUUUUUCCGCUAUAUUACAUUGCAUUUAAUUUCAGUCCUCUCUCAUUGUCUAUCCCUGGCAAUGCUAGGACUUCUCCUUGCUGUUUUCUGUUGGGCGAUCAUUGCCACAGAGGGAGGAAUUGCUUUUCAUUUGGGUCACUGCAGUGAAGUGGAAGCCCCAAAAUGGAGGAAGUGAGGGAAUAUCCCCAUGUUUUGGGCACAGAAUGGAGCAGGAGGGAAGGUCCCAGCCGUGGGGCGUGCGUUACCUUCCAGCUCACGAUGGCAGCAGUGUUCACAGUGCUGCUCAUCACUGCUGUUGCCUUUGCAGAGCUUCACAAUGAGACACAAAGGCAGCUCCCCCCACUGGGUUGGCCUCUCCCGGGAAGGCAAAGAGCAUCCAUGGGAAUGGGUGAACCGCUCUCCUUUGUCUCACCUGUUCCAGGUGCAAGGUGAUGGUCUCUGUGCAUACCUGGGGGAUGCCGGGCUCAGCUCCUCCCACUGCAGCGCGCGGAGGAAUUGGGUUUGCACCAAACCCGCGUUGCAAAAACCGAGGAAGAACUUCUGCAUCAGCACCUGAGCGGCUCCCGGACCCGAACACGCGAUGCAAAAGGAGGAACCCAGAGCAAAAGAGCGCUCAGUAGCAACAGGAGGGCGGUGCGCUUCUCCAGCCCAGGUCCGACAGUGCCGCCUAUGGGGCUGCGCGGACCGAAGCAAAUCCCAGGCGGAGCUUCGGCUCCAAAUUACAUUUUUUUGCACCGUCUGACUCCUAAUGACCGCUAAAAUCCCAAUUUUGGGGGCUAUCCGUGCGCUGCUUGCAACGACCUUCACCCCUGCGCGAUGCAGCAGCAGGUUUGGGGGGCGGACGGUGGGAAAAUAUCCGUUUUUCACCGGUUUUUCUCCAAAGGGAAAUACUGGGAGAGCAGUCAGCCCAAAGGACCCUGAAAUCGAUGAAUAAAUCGGCAAAUUAUUUA